UGCCUUUCACCUCGUACAACCUCUCCUCCAUCCUACAUCAUCCCAGCCGCCGCCGUGCUUCACUGAGACACUUGAGAGACUUCUGAGCAGCAGGUGUUUGAACAUUUUCAAGAUGGUUGGAUUUUUCCAGAUGUUGAGAAAGAGGAAGGAGCUGAUCCCUCUGAUAGGGUUCAUGGCUUUUGCCGCCACAGGUGCCACCUCUGCUGCUCUCUACUUUCUUUUUACCAAACCUGAUGUGAUUUUAAACAAGACCAAAAACCCAGAACCAUGGGAAAGACUGGACCCAUCAAAGCCUCAAAAGCUCAUCACCAUCAAUCAGCAGUGGAAACCGGUGGAGGAGCUGGAGCUGGUCAAGUCUCUCACCAAGUAAACAAAAAAGUGGGUAUCUUCUUUUUCGAUCCAGCGUCUGACGGCAUGCCUGCGCCAGCCCAUCAGUCUAACAGAAUCCUUUCUGCACAGACUAGGACACUUUGACAUUCAGUGUGCGGAAAUGCUUCUGCUCAACUGGUGGGGUUUCACCCUGCUCUCCGUAGCGGCAGUGCAUGGACACCACCCGCAUCAGCAGACUAUGUGUGGAUUAGAAAAGUAAAAAUGUGUAAAGGUUAUUCAGGGUUUCACAACCUGCAGCUUGGGAGUU